AUGACGGCGCCGAGGCUGAGUUUGAUGAGGCCGAACAGGAAUGGGAGGAAUACCGUAGACAGGAUCGGAACCCACGUGAGGGCCACGACCGCCCAUACCGCCACCAGGUUCGAGGGCGUGGAAGACCCAAUCGUAGGGGUCGCGGGGUUCGUUUUUGGGGAUGGUUUGAAUCAGGGCCGUUCUUUUCAGCGACGUGGUAAAUACAGAAUGGGUCACCGUCGAGACAAUUGGGACCCUCCCCAGCGGCACGACGAGUGGGACGAUGACGAUGAGCACGCGGUAACGUGCUGGGACCCACCACAGCGCCGACACCGUUUGAACCGCCAGGGAUCUGAUUAUUCUCCUGGCGUGAGGAUGGAUGCACCACACUUUGAUGGUUCAGAUGCGCCCAAUUGGAUCUCACGCGUGCAAUAUUAUUUUGAUCAUAAACGUAUCCCGGAGGCGGAACGCUUACACUAUGUCGUCAUGCUAUUUGAUCUACCGGCUUCGGAGUGGAUAUUUAACUAUCGAGAUACUAAUGGCUUCGUGACAUGGCCAGAGUUCUUGGACGACGUGAGACAUCGAUUUGACCCUCAAAGCUUCAGAAAUUACACGGGAUUAAUUGCCAAAUUAGUCCAAACGUCCACCGUAGCUGAUUAUCACGCAACGUUCGAACGCUAUCUCAAUCGGGUGACCGAUUUAUCGGAGUCGACCUUAAUUCCAAUUUUCAUUCAAGGUCUUAAGCAACCCUUGCAAGAGAAGGUAGAAUUGCAGUAUCCGGAUUCGUUAGCCGAGGCAAUGGCCUUAGCGCUGCGGCUGGCGGCUACACACGACGAACGGCCACCCACGUCGUCGUACCCGCGCCAGCAAUGGGCUGGCAAAGAUCAACGGCCUCCUACCAACCAGUCCCCGGCACCCCCGCUGCAAGAACCGCAGGGUCGCGAAGCGAACAAAUCGCGUACAUAUCCAAUUAGGGUGUCUAAUGCGGAGAGGUCGGAGCGAGCUCGCCGAGGCCUUUGUUAUCACUGCCCCGAAAAGUGGGUAACGGGCCACGUCUGUAAGGUUAAAUUGCUUUGCUAUAUGGCCGACGAGGUUGAGGAGCCGCAGGCUGACAAUGCGGGAGAGCCGAUCUCCGAGGACGAGUUGAUUACUGCAGACUUAUCACACCUCCACUCCUUGGAUGGCCGAGGGAGUUCGAAGCCAUUCAUUGUACAUGGGACGUUGGGCGAUACCGCCGUCAGGGUGUUGAUUGACACGGGGGCGACACUAGACUUCCUCCAUCCGAGAAUUGCGGAAGCUCUACAAUUGGAACUAUCGCCGAUUCGACCGUUCCGUGUACUAGUGGGUAACGGUGAAUCUUUGCCUUGCACUCAUAUAUCACGGGGCACGAAACUAACGUUACAGGGUACGUUGUUCUUGGUGGAUCUCCAUAUUCUCGCCCACCACGGACUGGAUGUCAUUUUGGGAAUGAAUUGGUUGGAGUCACUAGGGAAAGUGUCAGCAGAUUUUGUCAAAAAGACGUUGGAAUUUACACACGGGGGUCGUACGGUAUUUUUGCAAGGAUUGAUGCCCGGACCAAAGCAAAUUUCAUUACAAUCGUUAUAUGCAUUGACGACACAAUCAGCCGACAACGAGUUCUAUGAAAUUGUACUGAUUGACAGUGCGACCGAGGGUGUUAGCACCGCCGAACAGGAGUCUUUCCCUCCCGACCUGCCAUCUGACAUCAUGGAGGUAUUGACGGCACACCGGGGGGUUUUUGACCAGCCCCGAGGUGUACCUCCGCCUUGCCCUUUUGAUCAUAGGAUUCAUCUGUUGCCAGGAACAAGACCGGUCAAUGUUCGUCCUUACAGGUACCUCUACUUUCAAAAGACCGAAAUUGAGAAGCAGGUACGCGAUAUGUUGGAGCAGGGCAUUAUUCGCCACAGUCAUAGCCCUUUUUCAUCACCAGUACUGUUGAUUCGUAAGAAGGACGGCACGUUUCGCUUUUGCAUUGAUUACCGCGCUCUCAAUAAGGCUACUGUUCCGGAUCACUUCCCUAUACCCACGGCGGAUUAA